UUGAAGAGGAGCUGGUGGCUGAUGUAAGCCCUCAAGAGUCUAAAAAGAAAUCUGACACCACCGUUUCCUGGGAGGCACUGAUUUGUGGUGGCUCUGCUAAAAAAGAGCUAGAAAAACAAACGAGGAUGAAAUGCCAGACAAAGGUGAGGAAUAUGAAAAAACAACUGACUCUCCACUGGGAAGUUCCAUUGAGGGUGAUUAUGAACACCUCACAUCAUCUAAUGAACAAUCUGGAAGUCCUGUUGAGGGAGAGAUGGGAUCCACGUGGAAAACAUUUAAAAAAAUGGUCACCCCGAAAAGAAAGAUCAGAACUGGAGAAAGUAGUACUCCUGAGCAGAUACCUUCAGAUAGUGAGAUGAACAAAGACGAACCGUUUUCUAUGAAGAAACUCAUUUCAGGGCAUAAAAAAAGAAAAUCAGAUGCAAGGAACGACCAGACAUCUUCAGAUGAAGCUGCAAAAGAUCAUGAAACAGGUGAUGAAGAUGAUGAAACUCCAGCUAUUAUUCCUCUGUCUGAGUAUGAAAUAAUUGAGCCUGAAAGUCUGAAGGAAGUGCAUGAGCAACGAAUUGAAAUCACAAUAGAACAUGAGAUGCCAGAGAUGACUUCAGUGUUAGAACAGGACACAUCCAAUAACUUGGUUCCCAAAAUUGCAGCUAAGGUUCCAAUUAACACUGGACCAGCAGUCAUACAUGGAUUACCAGAGGACUUCGAAGAACUUACAGACUUUGUGAGCAAACAUCAGCAACUGAGUGAUAUUCCAGAAGAAGGCAUCAUUGAGGAAAGCAUUGAAACACCAGUAUCAUCUGCUGAGUGGACAACACAGGAUGAUACAUUAGCUGAGGACAUUGUGGAGCUGACAGCAGAUGCAGUCACUGCCCCUGAACCAUUAAGUGAACAAUUUAUUGGGGAUGACACUACUGAAAUGGUCUCUGCAGUUUCGCAACUAACCGAUUCACCCAGGUCAUCUGGACAUGUUACACCAGUGUCAGCUGAAUAUGGCGUACACACAUCAGAUGUGAUCCUACAGGAAGCUUUUCAAUCUAUCUGCAUGACUCCAAGUGUUCAGUCAGUAACUACAAAAGAUGAAAGGCAAGAAUCUUUGGCUGUGUCAUUUUCACCUUAUAUUGUACAGUCAUCCACAAAAGAGGAAAUAAAGGUUAUGGUUGCACAUAAGAAAACUGAGGCAACAGCAAUAUGUACAGGCCUAGAAUCUCAAGAAAUAGAAUCUGUGAAAGAACAUCUCCCUGCACCCUUAGUGGAGGCAAUACCUGAAGUAAGUGAUGCUGUCCCAACCGAAUUAGUCUCUGAUAACUUUACAAAAGAAACUGAAAUUGCAGGACUUGGGACAGAUGAGGUCUAUGAGGCCGAAAUUAAGGAACUGAAGACUGAGUAUCAGGAAGUAGUUUUAAGUGAAAAGGAAUCUGCCACUGAAACAGAGCUAAGUGUAGAGCAAGUCAUUCACUUAGUGGCAGAGUCUCUUGUGGAAGAAUCCGAGGAGACUCAUACGGAGGAACAAAGAGAGGAAUGUACAACUGGUAUUGAACUCAAACAGGUGAUUGAGAGAACGGAAAGUGAAGUUGGGCUGGAACAGGUUAUUUCAGACUACACCCAUGGUCUUAAAAAAGAGUGUCCACUGCAUUCAGUGCUAUAUGAACCUGUAUAUGAACAACCAGUAGCUCCUGAAUCUGAAAAAGAGCUCAUGCUUUCAGAUGUUCAAUUGUCCAUUGCUGAGCUUGAUCAACCUGCACCCACUAAAGUAGUUGAGUCUUUGACACAUGGUGAAGUCAAAGAAAUUGAAAUUAAUUCCUCAACUGUGGAGUGUCUGAAAAUCACAGAGACUGAUAGUAUUUUGGGUCCAAUUUCAGUUCACAUACAGGCAGAGACACUGGACUUAGAAGGGAGUUUAAAAUUAGAUGCAGUUAAAUCAAUACAUGUUGAUGCCUGUGAAAUACAAUCAGACGUUAAAGAUCCAGUCUUAUUAUCAGGUGAUUCAGCUCUGACUGUGGAAGACAUCAGUGGGAAAAUGGAAGAAAAAUAUUAUGAAAAAAUGGCACAGCAGGACAUUAAGGAAGUACAUGCAGAAGAAGGGACAGGGAAUGAUGUUGCUUCAGAGGUUGUUAAAAAUAUUGAGGCUGAAAAUAUUUCAGAACCUGGAGAAGAAUCAUUAGCUAGAGAACAGCUGCCAGCCAAGCAGGUGUCACUUCCAGAACCAGUAUUAGUUGAAGAAAGCGAAGAGCUCCAAAACGAAGAUGUUGUAACAUAUUUGGAUGAACAAGUAGAAGACAGUGCAACUGACAGAACAGAUGGGAUUUUUGUGAAAGACGAAGAGCAACAUGCAGUAAAAGAAGGGCAACCUCUAACAAAAACUGACAGCAAUGAAUCUCCUAUUGAUGAAUCUACUAAAAUAAUUGUUGAUGUAGGAAGUGAAUUUGGAGACAUGGUUUAUAAAAUAAGAGAACAUACAGUUGUUCCUGCAUUUUCUGAGCACACAGACACAACAGAAGAGCCUGACACUAGUUCUAAAGACAUACUUCAACCUCUAGAGAUAGUUUUGCCAGAAGUUGAAGCAAAAUCUGUAGCAACAGAAAUUUUGGUUUCUCAGACACAAGACUGGGGUCAAGACACCAAACCAAGUCCAGAACUUCCCAAAGAGAAUGCACAACCAGCAACAACAGAAAAUAUUAAGACUGGUAAAGUUUUAGAGAUGGUCGCCAUUAUUGAGAACACAACAAAACAAUCUGGGAAAGAGAUGUCUGUGGUGUCUGAACCAGUAACACAGGUACUUGAAAAAUCAAAGAUAUCAAAGGCAACAGAACAAGAGGGUGAAGCAAUAGAUGGUGACCAGGUCCCAGAAAAUAUGCUGUCAGAAAUGAAAGAAACAGCAGUUCCAGAAGAACAAGAUACAAUAUUUGUUGCUCCCAAACCAGAACCAGAAGGGUUUGAUUUAGGGCUGACCAUGAAUGAAGUGCCUUCAAUCAUAGUGCUGGCACAAAAUUACAUUGCUGCAGAAAUAGAGAGUGAAAAGAAGAAUGAAGAUGAUGAAAAUACUUGUCUAAAAUGUGAACCUCUUAAACAGGUAACAGAAACAAUAGUGUCAUAUGAGUUGCAGGUAGACAAAACUGAAAUUAAAGAUGAAAUACCUGCAGUAAUGGAAAUAACACUCAUUGCAAAAGAAUCACCACUGACCUCUGAAAUUACAGCAAAAAUGCCAGAAGUUGUUGUUUCUGAGAUGCAGUCACAAGCAAUGAGUGAACUCAGGGCUGAGACGCUUGAAGUGACAGAACCAAAGGUAGAAAUUCCAGUGGUAUCAGAAGUGAAAAUAGAGACAGCUGUAGUAACUGAACUAGAAGUGGAGACACCAGUUGUCACCUCAGUGGUUAAAGAACUUGAAAUUGAAACACCAGUGGUUAUCUGUAUGGCAAAAACAACUGAUACUCAUAAUUCUGCUGUUACACAAAAUCAAAACAUAGACUCUGACACAUCAGUGUUAACAACAGUGAUCAAAGAACAAGUGGUGGAAAUUCCCACUGUUAUUUCUGUGGUAGUGACACCAGCUACACCUUUAGAUGACGUAACACCAGUUGUAACUCUAGGCAAUGAGUCAAAGGAUGCACCUUCAGUAAAAGACACACCUGUGGAAACAUCAAAUGUUGAAUCGGUGAUUGUAAGGACUGCUGUGGCCCCAAUAGUAGAGAUACAGAAUGUUAUACCAGUGGUAUCACCACAAGAUCUUGGUUCAGUAAUAGUAACAGAAGCUAUACCUCCAGUGGUAAGUACAGGAACAGCGACUACUACACUAGUAGAAGCAUCAGUUGUGAGCACAGUUGUAGAAACACCUGUUUUUUCUGUCACAGCAGUAAGAUCAGCUCCAUCUCUGGUAGAGAAAACAGUUGUGUCCCCUGUAGUAGAGAUCCCAGCCACAGUAACAUCUGUUGUGGAGACUCCAGCUGUUGUUUCAGUGGAAGAAACUGUACCUCCAGAAGUGAUUACACUAGAUGUGACCACAUUUGCAGAAACAACUGUGAGCAAAGUAAUUGAAACUCCCACUGUCUCCAUCACAUCAGUAAAACCAACUGUAGCUGAAGUGGCAAAGACACCAGACACUGAGAUAACAAAGAUUUCAAAGACAGUGGUAGAAGCUGCAUCUCCUGUAGUGGUUGCAUCAGCUGGAACUCCAUUCGCAUCAGAAACAGUUAUGAUCCCAGAAGUAAAAACUUCAAUAGUAUCUUCAGCUGCAGAAACAUCACUUGUGACACCAGUGGUAGAAACACCACUUGUGACACCAGUGGUAGAAACGCCAGCUCAGAUUUCAAUACCUGCAACAAAUGCAGUACCUCCAGUUAUAUCAUCACCAACUGCAGCAUCAGAAACAUCAGCUGUGAUCCCUGCUGUAGAAACUGCUGUUGUAGAGUCACCUCCAGUUGCUGUGGUUGAGAUACCAGUUGUGACUCAAGUGGUACAGACACCAGAUCAGGUUUCAGUAAUGAUAACGGAGACCACACCUCCGGUAAUUGCUUCAGAAGAGACUGCAGGAGUAGAAACACAUGUUGAGGUCCCAGUAUUACAAACUCCUGUUGUAAAUUCAGCUCCAGUUGCAGUGGAUAAGACACCAGUUGUGACCCCAGUGGUUCAGUUUUCAGUGAUGGUAACAGAGACUGCAACUCCAGUAGAUGUUUCAGCAGUGACUGUAGCAGUAGAAACACCUGUUGUGAUCCCAGUAGUAGAAACUCCCAUUGUAAAGUCAACUUCAGUUGCAGUGGUUGAGACACCAGUUGUGACCCCAGUGGUACAGACACCAGGUAAGGUUUCAGUGAUGGUAACAGAGCCUGCACCUCCAGUAGUUGUAUCAGUGGUGACUGCAGCAGUAGAAACACCUGUUGUGAUCCCAGUAGUAGAAACACCCAUUGUAAAGUCAGCUUCAGUUGCAGUGGUAGAGACACCAGUUUUGACUCCAGUGAUACAGACGCCAGGUCAGGUUUCAGAAAUGGUAACAGACAUUACACAUCCAGUAGUUAUUUCAGCAUUAACUGCAGUAGAAAUACCUUCUAAGAUCCCAGAGGUAGAAGCGCCAGUAGUAAAGCCAGCUCCAGUUGCAGUGGUAGAGACACCAGCUGUUACCCCAGUGGUACAGACACCAUGUAAGGUUUCAGAGAUGGUAACAGACACUACACCUCCAGUAGUUGUAUCAGUGGUGACUUCAGCAGUAGAAACACCUGUUGUGAUCCAAGUAGUAGAGACUCCUGUUGUAAAGUCAACUCCAGUUGCAGUGGUAGAGACACCAGUUGUGACCCCAGUGGUACAGACACCAGGUCAGGUUUCAGAGAUGGUAACAGACACUACACCUCCAGUAGUUUUAUCAGUGGUGACUGCAGCAGUAGAAACACCUGUUAAGAUCCCAGUAGUAGAAGCACCAGUUGUGAAGUCAACUGCAGUUGCAGUGGUAGAGACACCAGAUCUGACCCCAGUGGUACAGACACCAGAUCACGUUUCAGAGAUAGAAACAGAGACUGCACCUCCAGUUGCUGUUUCAGCAGUGGCUGCAACAGUAGAAACACCUGUUAUGAUGCCAGUAGAAGAAAGUCCUAUAAUAAAGCCAGCUACUGUUGCAGUGGUUGAAACACCAGUUUUGACACCAGUGGCACAGACACCAGGUCAGAUUUCAGAGAUAAUAACAGAGCCUUCACAUCCAGUAGUUGUUUCAAGAGUGGAUGCAACAGUAGAAACGCCCAUUUUGAUCCCAGUAGUACGAAGUCCAGUAGUAAAGUCAACUCCGGUUGCAGUCGUUGAGACACCAGUUUUGACUCCCAUGGCACUGGCACUAGGUCAAGUAUUAGUGGCAGUAACAGAAGCUACUCCUCCAGUAGUGACUGCAGCUGCAGAAACACCUGUUGUGAUCCCAGUAGUGGAAACUCCAACUCCAGUUGUAGUGGCAGAGACACCAGUUGUAACACCAGUGAUGAUGAUACCAACUGUGACUCCAACAGCGGAAAGGUCAGUUGUGAGCCUAGUACUAGAAACUACCACACAAGCAAUUGCAAUGGCAGAGAGACCUGUUAUGAUCCCAGUGGUACAGACACCAGGUCUGGUUUCAGUGAUUGCAAAAGAGGCUUCACCUCCAGUAGUUCUACCAGCAGUGAUUGCAGGAGUACAAGUAAAGCCACGAGUGGCAGAGACACCAGUUUCAGUACAAGGAACACCUGCUGUGAUCCCAGGAGUACAAACACUAGUUACAGAGCAGGUAGCACAGACACCAACGAUACCAGCCAUGGCUUUGGUAAAGGCAACAUCAGUUGUAACUGGGAUGGAGGCACCCACCAUGACUACAGAAAAGGCACAACAGGAAAGACCAGUAGCAGAGAAACCUGCUUUUUCCCCUGUAAUGAUGGCACCGGAUAAUGCCGCAGUUGUAGUAGCAACAGCUCCUCCUAAUUCUACAUCAGAAGUAAAAAAAGCUAUGUUGCAGGUGGAUGAAAAGGAGAAAAAGGAAGCAAAGUCAGAGGCUUCAGUUGCCUCUAAGGAAGAUGAACCAUCAUUUGUGACUGUGGAAGAGGAAAAGACAUCAGUUUUAACUCAAGAGCGUGUAUCAGAUGAAGAAAAUGGGAAGGCUUCCUUGAGGCAUACUUCAACAGAACUUCAGUCAGAGGUAGAGGAGGAUGUGUGGGAAGAUGCUGUAGAUAAUAUUGGAGAUUCUCCAUGUCAGGUGACACACACAGAGGGUGCACCCCAAGAUACUGCUGCUAAACAAACAUCUGAUGCUGCAAUUUGAUAGUGGCGUGCUAAACCAGAUGAAAGAUUUGAAUGAGUUGGUGCAAGUGAAAGAAAGAAAAUUUCGGACAUUUUAGACCUGAGGAAAACUGUGCUCAGCCAAAAAAUCUGCUUGGACUCACAUGUGUGACAACAAAGACAUGACCAAACCACUGAGAAGUAAAACUGCAUUGUUAGUUUCUUUAAGCUAAAGUGAAACCAAAAAGAAGCUAUUCAAUGGAGAGGCUGUCAUUAACUACAUUUUAACAUUUUACAUUGAUGCAGAAAAUAUUUCAACAUAUAAACCUCUCAAAAGCAGCUAUUUUGUCAUAUUUUUCCUGAGGAUAUUUGUCAAUGUCAAUAAUUUUUUUUUUUCUUAUUUAGUCAUUAGCCUAAGCUUAUGCCAUAUUAUAUCAUGUUGCGUUUUUACACAUGCAUUAUAUACUUGCCACUUUUUGGCAUAAUUUAGCAUAAGAAAAUAAAUAUCAUUGUAGAAUGAUGUGCGAUCCCUAUUAUUUAAAGAUAUUGACUAAAUCAAAGGUAAUUUAGUUUUGAACCAUCAUAAACCUCUUGAUAUGUAUCUAGGAUACAUUUUAUACUCUAAAUAUUAUGUACACUAUCAAAUCUGUAAUGAGCAAAUCAUAAUCAUGCUCUAUCAAAGACAGAUUUAGACAGAUUCAGUCAGAUGUAGCCAAUGACAGAAAAUUACAAAUUGUUUAGUUAGUUUUACAAAGAACAGUCAAAACCUUAUAAAACUCAAAAUGUAUUUUUGUUGUCAUGUCAUUGUUAUGAAUAUAUAUUUUUUGUAAUUUACUAUUUUAAUUUAGAAAAACACCUGAUUUCAGAAGAAACGUGUGACUAUAUUUUUGGCAUAAAAAUUGAAGCAUGCAAACUAAUGAUGCAACUACUGACUUUUUCCCAUAUGUUUUUUUAAUUUUUCCCCAGAGAAGCACUUAACAUAUAUAAAUAUUCCAUGAGUAUCAAAACACUCUGCAUACUGCAUAUGAUCAUUAGACAGUUGAGCAUUUUUGCCUUGCCUGUAUUACAGAGGUUUGCGUGAUAUUAUAAGCCAUCACAGUAUUGAAAACAAAUUUUUAACUUAUUCUAAUAUAUUGCUAAGAAGUGUCGGAACCCUGUGUACAGACUGUUCAAUUAUACAGACUAUGCAUCUUUGAGGAAAUCGCAGUAUUAACAAUAUUAAAUACAAGAGUGCAGUAUUGUUCCUUGAUUUUGAAACAUUUCAAAUGUAUGGUUUAAUACAAAUUAUAAAUUUAUUUAAAUAAAAGAAACUUUACCAA